AUGCGGAGCAAACCUGCCUCGUCGAUGCAGAAGACAUACGAUGAAUGCUAUUUGAUCUGUUCUACAGCCGUCUUCUUUGAAGGCCAGAAUAAUGAGACAGAGGCUCUUAGGUCCUGGAAGUCGGCGCUGGAUCAAAUUUACUACCAUAACGCAUACAAAUUGCCAUCCAACUAUGUCGCCCGAUCCGAGACAGAAAAGGCCCUCUUCGAUUCUCUGAAGCAGUUGGAGUUACAAUGUCGGGAGCGGGUCGAUCUCCUGGAAGCGCUGAACCAGAGCAGAAAAGAGGCUGAGAAGGAAAGCAAAUCAGAAUCCAGGCGGAGGCCAGCGGAUAAAGGGAAGGGUACCGGAGCCUCACAACAGCCCACUGCUUCUGGAUGGUUAGGCGAUGAUUCGAUUCCUCCCAUGCAGUACCACGACCUUCCCAACGCAAGUCCAGCACUGCCAUCAAGGCCUCCAAUGCCCCCUCGGCCGUCUAGUGGUGUCGGCUCUAGAGAUCGCCUGUCGAGUCUACCCAACAAUUCAACCACUUCACUUGGGCCCCCACCGCUGCUGCCGGUCCCUUCCAAACAAGUCUCGCGUAGUCCAAGUCCGGACACUGGAAGGAAGGCCAUGCGAACAACGUUAAGAAGCGGGAAUAAGGGCUUCAGGUCAUCGCGACCGUCUGCUCAACCGCGUCGGCAGGCUCCCAUGAAGGCUGCUGGUCUGGCUUGGGAUACCCAUCCUCGCAACAGCCAACCGGCUCCUGCACCUGAUUCUGACCCUACGAUCGAAGCCAGGCUCAGUGCGACAGCUGCUAGGCGCAGCUUAGAUGCCAGUUCACCGGAUUCGAGGACUAAUAGCAUGGUUCGGAUGCCGGAUCCUGCCGAUUACAUUCCAUCAAGCCAUUGGCGUGAGCCGUCAGAACCAGAACAGGAGGCCUUUAUGAAUACCUCGAUGAGUAGCCUACAGCUAAAACCCUCAAAUCCUGCCGAAGACGAAGAUAUGCCACCCCCACCCCCACCACAUGCCGGUGCCCCAUCGCCGACGGCAGCAAAAACGAGAACCAGAUCUCCACCACGACUCACGAAGCCACCAGAGAUAACUUACCGCCGAGAGUAUCCAAACCAGACGGGAUCGAAGCUGGCCCCGUCAGUAGCCAACCAGCUUCGGGAGAAAGCGGUUUCGCCGAGACCAGCUUCUACGAUUUCUCGCAAACCUGUCAAUUCGCAGGCAGCAUCUCCUUUUCAGGAGAAGCCUAAACGUAGAGAUCAGACGACGGACAACACCGACUCGGAACCAGAGCCAGCCAAAAAGGGGAGCAACCAAACCUCGCGGCGCCCGCAGACCAACCGUAAAGAAAGCUCGUCCAACUCGAAGCCUAUCACACCUCCCUUGACCUCAACAGACAAUUCUUCGGCCGAUGAAAAUGAUGCUGAUGAUUCACUUGAGUCAGCCUUCGAAAAGCGUGCAAAGCACAUUCUCAAGCAUUUACCCCGAGGCAUUGACGCCGCGGCCGCAGCAAGUAUUCUGAAUGAAGUCGUUGUGCGUGGAGAUGAAGUUCACUGGGACGAUGUAGCAGGACUUGAGCUCGCCAAAACCGCCCUUAAAGAAGCUGUUGUGUACCCUUUCCUGCGACCAGACCUAUUCUUGGGACUACGGGAGCCGGCACGGGGCAUGUUGCUGUUUGGACCUCCUGGAACCGGCAAGACAAUGCUAGCACGGGCCGUGGCAACAGAAAGCAGGAGCACAUUCUUCUCCAUCAGUGCCAGCAGCCUGACCAGCAAGUGGCAUGGAGACUCGGAGAAACUAGUGCGCGCGUUGUUUGGGCUUGCGAAGAUCAUGAGUCCUAGCAUCAUCUUUGUCGAUGAGAUUGACAGUCUGCUGAGCAAGCGCGGCGAAGGAAGCGAACAUGAGGCCAGCAGACGAUCGAAGACGGAAUUUUUGAUUCAGUGGAGCGACUUGCAAAGAGCGGCUGCCGGUAAAGAGAAGGAAGGCGAGAAGACGGAGGGAGAUCCCACUCGAGUCUUGGUACUUGCUGCCACGAACUGUCCCUGGGACAUCGACGAUGCUGCACGGCGGAGAUUUGUGAGGAGGCAAUACAUUCCGCUACCUGAAUACCAAACCAGGGAAAAGCAGUUGAGGACGUUGCUCGGUCACCAAAAGCACGAGUUGAAUGAGCAGGAUGUCGACCGGCUGGUGGAGGCUACGGAAGGCUACUCCGGUUCAGACAUUACGGCGUUGGCGAAGGACGCAGCCAUGGGGCCGCUGCGCAAUCUGGGCGAAGCUCUACUAUAUACCCCGCGAGAUCAAAUACGGCCUAUUCACAUGGGUGAUUUUGCAAGCAGUUUGGACAACAUCCGACCGAGUGUAAGCAAAAAGGGACUGGAGCAAUUCGAAGCGUGGGCCAGAGAAUUUGGUGAACGGGGCGGUUAA